AUGCUGGAUUAUCAAUACAUCCCCCUGGAAGAGUCUCAGCUACGAGUACUGACCCUCCUAGCUGGCGAGUUUGACGAUCCCCUGACCGGCGUGUUGACACAUGAACAAUUCCUCCCGGCAAAUUCGGACAUACCAAAAUAUGAGGCGAUAUCCUAUUUCUGGGGUGACCAGAUAGACAUGGCGACGAUUGCCAUCUCUCAAGGUCGCCAUCAGAGGAGAAAACUAAUCAGACCUGGCCUAGCAACCGCCCUGCGACAUCUCAGACGACAAGACCAGCCUCGAAACCUCUGGUGUGACUCCAUCUGCAUAAACCAAGACGAUCUUGUCGAGCGAGCGGCCCAAGUUCUUCUCAUGGGCGAAGUAUAUCGAGAAGCGGACCGGGUCAUCGUUUGGCUUGGACCAGAAGAAGAUGACAGCUCUGCGGCUUUGGAGAUACUCGACCACAUUGGAUCCAAUGUACGUUUCGACCCUGCCAGAUACGAACUGUCCCCUCUCACGGGGACCAACAGGAAGAACAGGAAACUAGGAGACCCGAACUCGGCCCUAUCGUACAAGCAAAGAGAGUGGCUGGCGAUCAAGAAGCUAUUUGCCCGACCUUGGUUCACAAGGCUCUGGGUCCGGCAGGAAAUCGUUCUGGCGAAACCGUCCGCCAUCGUUGUUGCCGGAUACGCGGCCACCACCUGGUCGAGAUUCGGGCAAGCCGUGGCAUGUAUCGAAGUCAAGAUUGCUCUGGGCAACACAAACUCGCCCUUCUUGACUCGGUUCGUCAACGACGUCAGCAACAUCGUCGCCCUCUUCCGCACCACACUGUUCAGGCAUCCGGUUGCGCUGCUCAAUUUCACCCGCUCUUGCCAGUGCAGAGACGACAGAGAUCGGGUGUACUCGCUCCUGGGCCUCAUUGACUCUAGCUACAAGAUUUGUCCCGACUACUCCCGAAACGUCAAGGACGUCUGCAGGGAAUUCAUGCUUAGCAUAUAUAGAGAAGACGCGAGGCUGGAUGUGCUAGCAUUUUGCGACACGACAGCGAGCCCGAGCUGGGUGCCCAACAUUCCCGGGCAGAACCCUGCGCACCACUUUUGGCGCAACUUUGCUACUGGAUACUCCGAGGCUCGCUUGGACAUGAUGCAAGGGGACAUGAUGGGUGUCAGGGCGGUAAAAUGCGGACUUGUGUCGAAUCUCAUUGGCCAUAUACCAAGAGGAUGUGCUGAGGACGAGUUGAAGGAGCGAGUGAAAACCAUGUUGAAGCAACAGCUUGGUACGGACACUAGGAAAUGGAAAGAUGACGCGACUGUUAAACUCACGCAGGCGUUACUGGGUGGUCAUUGGUUUGAAAAUACCAGUCAUCAGCAUGAUCCCCAGUUAAUGGGAGUGGUAUCUGUGCUCAAGAACUGGGUCGUCGAAGACUUGGGCGGAACAAACGGUAAAGACGCCUUUUUGGACAUGCUUGUAAUCUGGGCCAUGUUGAACGCGCUGCCUGGAUGGUCCGUCUACCGAGCAAAGAACAGCCUCUUCGGCAUUUGUUCAAGCAUGUGCCUACCCGGCGAUCAAAUAUACGCCGUCCUUGGCUGCAAAGAUCCCAUUAUACUUCGAAAGCGCCGAGACUUUACCCAUUACCGUAUUGUUGGGCCGACGUAUAUCCACGACUUUUCAUGUGGGCAAGCCAUCUUGGGACAGCCUGCUUUUAGUUCAAGCUUCGUUGAUUCAUUUGACGAUCCGUAUUUAAGCUUCGAGAGAGCAGAUGGCUUGGGAAACAAAGGCGAUCCACAUCUCCAACAUAUCGACUUCCCAUACAAAGUCGAGGACGAUCAUCCACUCUGGCAUAGAAACAAGGGCUCUGUCGGCCGUAAUCAGGUUGACUCUUCGCAUCUCGAAGCAUUCUAUAAACGUGGUGUUCGAGUAGAGGAAAUCAUUCUCAAAUAG